CUCGUGAUUUCUAUUGGCCAUCUCCCAUGUCACACAAAAGAAAAAAAAAGCAGCCGUUGCUACCCGCUUUUGUUGACGUCCGACCAUCAAACAAAACACUGAAGCGUUCCUGGUUGAAUCCUUCAUUUAAAUGGCUUCAAGUUACCGAAAACCGACUCCCUCGGCGAGCCAGAGGAAAAAGACAGGUCCCAAAAUCGAGCUGACUGAGGAGCAAAGGCAAGAAAUUAAGGAGGCUUUCGAUCUGUUUGACACAGAUGGCACUGGCACAAUAGACGUGAAGGAACUAAAGGUUGCCAUGAGAGCGCUUGGGUUUGAGCCAAAGAAGGAAGAAAUCAAGAAGAUGAUCGCAGACAUUGAUAAAGAGGGCUCUGGAACAAUCGACUUCGGUGACUUUCUCAGUAUGAUGACACUGAAAAUGAGUGAAAAGGACUCCAAAGAGGAAAUAAUGAAGGCUUUUCGCCUGUUCGACGACGACUGCACAGGAAAGAUCUCAUUCAAAAAUCUCAAGAGAGUUGCCAAGGAGCUGGGCGAAAACCUCACAGAUGAAGAGUUACAGGAAAUGAUUGACGAAGCUGACCGAGAUGGAGAUGGUGAGGUCAAUGAGCUGGAGUUCUUGAGGAUAAUGAAGAAGACCAAUCUUUACUGAACUCCACUGUUACAGUCUUGUACCUGGGACCUUUUUUUAAGACACUUGUUUGAUUUUUAAUAGAACAGUUUAUACAGUAGCUUUUUUGAGACCUGGUUUGUAAAUAAAUAUUUUAACAUAUUGUAUCUUUGCACAAAAUGUUCUACAAUGCAAGACAAAUAUAUAUAUUUCAUCAUUGCUGA